AGGCUUCGGUGUGCUCAGUCCAUCCGCGCACCGACACGGAGAUGACGGAGAUGGUGGUGGGAUCCGAGGUCGGGCGGAGGGGGACGCCGUCGCCGCCGCCGCCGCCGCAAGCUCUCCUGGAGCGGCUCAAGGACUACGGCCAGGAGGACGCCUUCGCGCUGUGGGACGAGCUCUCGCCCGAGGAGCGCGACCUCCUCGUCAAGGACAUCGAGAGCUUAGAUCUUCCACGGGUCGAUCGGAUCAUCAGAUGCUCACUUGGAUCUCAAGGUGCAUAUUUGCCUGCCGUGGAGCCUGUUCCGGAAUCUAGUGUCUCGACCGUAGAAGUGAGAACUCUUGAAGACCGAGAGAGGUGGUGGAAGAGGGGACUGAAGGCCAUUUCGGAAGGGAAGUUAGCUGUUGUACUUUUAUCUGGUGGACAGGGGACUCGGCUUGGUAGUUCCGAUCCUAAAGGAUGCUUUAAUAUUGGUCUUCCAUCUGGAAAGUCACUUUUUCAAAUUCAAGCUGAGAGAAUUUUGCGUCUCCAAAGACUUGCAGCUCAGUCAAAUGAUGCUGGUUUUGUGCCACCAAUCCCAUGGUACAUUAUGACUAGCCCAUUUACUGAUGAAGCCACCCGCAGGUUUUUUGAAAGACAUAAGAAUUUUGGCUUGGAAGUUGAUCAAGUGACCUUUUUCCAACAAGGCACCCUUCCGUGUGUUUCAAGUGAUGGUAGAUUCAUCAUGGAGACACCAUACAAGGUGUCCAAGGCUCCUGAUGGAAAUGGUGGACUCUAUUCAGCUCUUAAAUUGUCAAAGCUGCUGGAAGACAUGGCCAUGAGAGGUGUGAGAUAUGUGGACUGUUAUGGGGUUGACAAUGCAUUGGUUCGCGUAGCAGAUCCGACGUUCUUAGGAUACUUUAUUGACAAAGGUGUGGCUACAGCAGCAAAAGUCGUCCGGAAGGCUUAUCCACAAGAGAAAGUUGGAGUCUUUGUCCAGCGAGGCAGAGGUGGACCUCUUACGGUGGUAGAGUACAGUGAGAUGGAUGCAUCAAUGACUACUGAGAUUAAUCAGAGCACUGGGCGCCUACGCUAUUGUUGGAGUAACGUAUGCUUACAUAUGUUCACUCUGGAUUUCCUGAAUCAAGUGGCAAAUGGCCUCGAAAAGGACAGCAUUUACCACCUAGCUGAGAAGAAAAUUCCUUCGAUCCACGGAUACACUAUGGGUUUAAAACUUGAGCAGUUCGUAUUUGAUGCAUUUACAUAUGCUCCAUCAAUGGCACUUUUUGAGGUCUUGCGGGAGGAGGAAUUUGCGCCGGUCAAGAAUGCCAAUGGGGCAAGUUACGACACUCCUGAUAGUGCUCGCCUGAUGCUUCUCCGCCUCCAUAGUCGCUGGGUGGUUGCUGCAGGCGGCUUCUUAACGCAUUCAGUUCCAUUAUACUUAACUGGUGUUGAAAUCUCUCCUCUUUGCUCCUACGCCGGGGAGAACCUCGAAGGGUUAUGCCGUGGGAGAACGUUUCAUGCACCGUGCGAAAUUUCAUUUUGAGGCAGGCUGGGAAAACGCUCUUGGCAGCCUGUAAUCUUGUGUACACUAAUAUUAUGUAUCGGACAUGGUUUGCCUCAGCUAUGAUCCUUUAUCUGAAUUUUACCAGUCAUAAUCUGCGACACAUGAAGAGUUUGUAUCUCUCUUGAGUCACCAGAGUUUUAUCGCAGUCGAUCCAAGUUGGAUCGACAAUGUUUAGAGCACGGGAACCACAAGUAUGUAAUUUAUAUUACACUUUUGUGUUUGAAACAACUGCAUUGUCAGCACUCCUUUUACAUCUCCGUAAUAUAUGAUGAGUACCAAAUUAAUCUGAA